AUGAAUGUUCUGCGCAGCUUACCGCGCGUUGCGCGCACAAGCGCUGCCAGCCCACGGACCUUCACAACCCUCAUCCCGCACCGACCAACAGUCGCUCUCCCCCGAACUACCGCGCCAUCAUUCACACCAUCGGUCGCCGCAGAAGUCGAUCUUGUCCCCAAAUCAGCAAUCACUUCCCACCCUGCGUUAGGGACCAUCCGCUGCGGUCCGCGCAACACUAUGCACAACCACACGCGACUCGUACAGAAGAGGCGGUUUGGGUUCUUGAAGAGGUUGAGGAGCAAGACUGGGAGGCGAAUUCUACUGAGGAGGAAGAUCAAGGGCAGGAAAGACCUCGCUCAGGGGUAA